AUGCAAGCUGUAGGGUUUCUAUUAUUAUUUUAUGUGUUGAGUUUUCAAUCAGUUGAUGCACUUUUGACAUGUUCCAAAUGCGAUCUCACACCAAAUGAGUUAGUUCAAAGGGGGUUUGAAAAUUAUAGGGUGAGCGGUCACAAAAUUUGUUAUCUUUUUCCAUAAGAAAAAUUUGGAUCGAAACUUUUUCCAAAGAUUUUCUUCCAGAUGUUAUCGUAGUUCUUCAACUUGUCGUGGUGAUUACUGUUAUCAUGCUGAAUAUUUUUAUCCAAAUGAAAAUAUUCCAAUGAUCCAAAAAGGUUGUAUCCUUGGUGAUAUUCCAUCUGAAGGAUGUCGUAUUAAUCAUUAUGGAAAUGUUAUUUGCUUCUGUUCAGAGUAGGAUUUUUUCCUUGCAGACUUCUUCUAGCAAUCCAAGUUUUUCAGCGCGGAUUACUGUAAUACGAAUGUGACAGAAACCAGUGUCACCGAAACAUCAACCAUUCUUCCACUUCAAACUUGUCGCCCCGAAAAAGUUACAACAACUCCACGAGUUCGAUGGAUUCGACCAUGCGCUGGAAAUUAUUGCUCAUCACUUUCCAGUCAGGUAGAUCUAUAAAUCAACUUAGCAAAAACCCUCCACGAAAAAAUUCAGGCUUCAUCUGAAGAGGGGAAUUAUACAUGGACAACAAAAGAUUGUAACAAGGAAAACGAGUUUGAUAUUUUCCCAACGUUUACAGUUUUCAAUUUUUAUCCAAAUUCUUGUGUUUGGUUGGAAUAUGGAGGACAGCCGAAUUUGAAAGCGUGUUAUGGAUCGAAUGUGGGUUUAGAAUUUCUAGGGAGGAAAUUGCAAGAAAAGUUCUGAAUUCAUGGAGGAGCCCUAGAUCUUGGCUAUCAGUUUAUAGCUCAAGAAAAUUAGAUAAAUAUUUUGAAGUUCACAAAAUCACAAACUUUCGAUUUGAAAUAACUUCUGAAUCUUAUCCUAAAAAUUUGAAUUGAUCCAAUUCAGAACUUUUUUAAAUUAAUUUUUUUUUUGAAAAAAACUUCUGCCCAUUCCAGAAUCUCAAUAUUUUUUCGCAGGAACUCGAUUCAACUCUCUCAAUCGAUUCAACAAUUGCCAAAAUUCAAUGUGAAGUUGAUUAUUUUUCUCCACGUCUUCCUUAUGUCAAAACCGGUGAUUACUGUACUGGCCAAUUCUGUUUCAUUAGUGCAACUUCUCGUGGGGAUGUUUAUCGAGGUUGUGUUUCUUCAGCAACUUUGAAUACUGUAUCAACACUCAAGGUUUGAUUAGAUGUUUUUUUUUAUUUUGAAUUCAUGAAAAAUGUUUGUGAAAGUUCUAUUGUGAGCGAUAAAAUUACACCAGCCUAAAAAAACUAGUGUAGGAUUCCUCGGGCAGAAAACGGCGAGGUCGCUACCAAUCGGGGCGGAGUCGCUACACGUUUCGGGCGACUGGCCCGAGGCUCUUUGGGCGAGCUUGGGGCGACUCGCCCGAGCGUGAAGCAACUUGCCCCGUUCUCGCCCCGAUCCACUCUCUCGGAGGGUGUCCAGAAGCAUUUUUCAAAAACUGUAUCUAUGGAGCAAAAGUAGAUCUACCCCUUAUAGCUUUAGUAUCCUACAUUUAUAUGGACUAAUUAAUCAAUGGAUCACUGUGAAAUCCCGAAAAAAAAGCAUGAAAACCAUGAUUUUAAAAAUGGGCAAAAAUUGUAGCGAGUUGCCCGACACUCGCCACUUUUGAGGCGCGUUUGGGGCAACUCGCUGCAAAACGAGUCUCGAAAAAUGUGUAGCGAGUCGCCUCGAGCUAUGUCGUUUUUUGGCCGAGUCUGUGAUUCGAAAAAAUGAGAAGUGGAAAAGUUUCAUAUAUUUUUCUUUUGUUUCAAAUUUUAAAUUUAAGAUUACUGUACUUCAAGGGAAUACUGUACCUUAUAAAAUUCGAACUGCGAGGAUUACUGUAAAUGUGAACUCCAUAACGAGGAUUACUGUAGCUCGCGAACUACAAGCUACAUGGAUUACUGUAGCUUUUGAAUUUUCAAGAUUACAAACAGAAAAGAAAACCUAAUCUUGAAAAAGACGAACUGUAAAGAUUACUGUAGGCCACGAAUUUUCUGAAAAGGAUUGAAACGAGUGAGCGGGAAAGGUUCCUAAUUUUACAAAUUUUGACCGAGAGAAAGUUUAGAAAAAAGAUUAUUUUCUUUAGAUGGAUUCUCCAAAAGAUUCUCCAUAAAUGAUUCAAUUGCAAUUUCAAUCUGGAAACGUUUCCAGUUCCAAUCGUAAUAUUGGUGCCACUCCAAAUGUUUUAUCUAGCUCAAUUUCAUAGAUAAAAAUGAACAAUCGUAAUUUCAGAAAUACAUCAAUUUUUUGAAUUAUAGCACUUUUGCUUUAUGUUUUAUUUCAGCAAGUGUGCCCGAUUUAGAAAAAAUUGUUUUUGUUUUCAAUUCAAAAAUCAAUCUCCCUGAAAUUCCCAAUGUUUCGUUUCUCCCAAAAAAACCUACUUAUUUUGAACAAAUCAAAAGCGUCGUUUCAAAACUAUGUUUUUGUCGAAAUUUUGAACAAAAAUCCAUCCAAUCCUCGAAUAGUUUCUCUGUUCGCCUUUCACAAUGUUUCUUCUUGUCUAUGCUGAAAGACACAACCAGUGAAGAUAAAUAUCUCCAAAAAAUGAGGGAAACAGACAUCAAGUAUCGAGACCGAAUCUUUGGUACAGUAAAAAUACCAAGGUAAAAUUGGAAAAUUUCCAGAUUAUUUUCAUUAACAAACAAUUUAUUCAAUUAACGAAUUGAAUAACUAAAAGAUAAUCUGGAAUUAAUAAAACACGAAAAAUAACAAGAAAACGAGAAGCAAAGAAAACGAGAAAAAUAUUAUGCAGAUCUCCUUAAUCGAAAUCGCCAUCCGGAAAGUCGGGAUUUUCACGAGCAUCGAUUCUUAACCCCUCGAGAAUUUGGAGACGAACUUCCGCAUUGACCAAAUGAAAAUCAGCGUGUCGUCUGAGCCGGCUGUAUUGUCCAUGAUUCUUGUACUUUCGAAUUACGGAAUCCUGGAAAUAUUCCAAUUUUCAAAGUAUUUCAAUUUUUAAAACAAUCUCCAUAAAAAUCUGAACUUACCUUCAGCUCGCUAAAGUUGCUCUUUAUCGCGAAUAUCAACUGAGAUACAAUCUCACGGCUCCGGUUGAUUUCAAGAUAUUCAAUUCUUUUCAAUAUUGGUACACAUUCGUUGAUUCUAAGAUACCUAAUUCUAUAAACUGUUCCUUCUAAAAAAAACAAUUAUUAACUUACAAUAAGCAGUUGUUUCCGUACUUGCCAUGUGAAGAAACAACAAAAAACUAGACAAGUCCGUGUCGAGAUUGAUCGUGAACGAUUUUUGACUGACGACUUCAUUAUCCAGCAACAUGUCAAGCGUAAUAACCUCUAGAUUCACAACUGUAUGUCAUGGGAUUUAGAGGAUCGGUUUUCAGAGAGAACUUGAGUUUUCGAUCAUCGGCUAAUGUUGUUGACGCAUUCCUAAAAUCAUGAAUUAGGUUAUUUUAUCAAGAUUUCAUUUUUUUAAACUUACCACUCAAACGCUUUUUCAUCAGAAUUUGGAAGAGACCACAGUUGAACAUUUCCAUUUUGUAGUCUGCUGAUUUGGUUAAAGCGGAAACUGUGGUAGACAUUGGCGCAUCGGAAAGAAGUCAUUGUCUGAAAAGUUCGAAUUUGAAAGAAAUUCAGGCGGAAUCCCUAAAUACAUGUUCAAAAAGGUGGAAAGGAAAAAGUAGAAUAGAAGAAGGCGGAAAAUUUUGAAAAAAAAACCGUUCGUUACGAGAUAUCGUUUUAGAAAAAAGCUUUGUGCCUAUAUUUUAUGAUUUUUCUCCCACGUAUUUUUUUGGCCCUCGGUUCGCGGUUGGUAUACUGUAUUGACUUGUGUAAACACGGUGACGCGCAAAUGCACAAAAAUGUCUCGCGUCUCUCCAUUUUGCGCGCUAUUUUUAGAAAUUGGUCUCGCCACGAACCCCGAAACGCUAAAACGCCACCCGUUCGCUCCACCAAAGCAUAUUUCCAUGCAGUUUUUCACGGCGAUAAAGAUGGUGUACUCAGAUUUUUAUUUGACACUUUUUGAAAAGUUUCAUAUAUUUUUCUUUUGUUUCAAAUUUAAAAAAAUUCAAGAUAACUGUACUUCAAGGGAAUACUGUACCUUAUAAAAUGCAAACUGCGAGGAUUACUGUAAAUGUGUAUUCCAUAACGAGGAUAGUUGUAGCUCGCGAACCACGGAUUACUGUAGCCUUUGAAUUUUUAACAUUUCUAACAAGCAAAUAUUACUGUAGGUUACGAAUUUCUGAAAACACUACAAUUUACUUGUGAAAUCCGAACUGAAAUGGUUACUGUAGGAGUAGUAAUCUAGUUAGUUUUGGUCCCAAUAUUUUAUGACGUCACAAAAAUUCAAACUCAAUUCAAUCCUAAUUUUUUUCCAGAUUGGUUACACUCGUUCCUACACCGGUUUAGAACAAUGGAUUUGUGAUCAACCGGAUUGCAAUUCGGAUUUGAAAUCCGCUGAAAAUUCGUGGCCUCCAGAACUUUAUCUAUACAGGUAGUCAUUAAUUUCGACUUUUCAAAACUUUCCGAAUAUUUCAGAAACCUCUCAAAUCUCCGUGAAUUUAGUGUCUUCUAUAUCAACUAUGCAUCAGGAUUCUCUUUCUUUCCUUCCUUUUUUCUAGUUAUUAUUAUCUUCUUUUUAUGA